GGCACACAUGCUCAGUUGACCGGGAUCAACAACCACGCCAGGACGUCGUUAGCUGCGCUCUCCUCGGCGCCUCCACGCUCCCUCCAGUCGGAAGCCACCACACGUAACAACAUAACAGUCUCUCAGUACCCGGAGGCAUGAUGGAGCUGUCCCUGGCGCAGCGCGUGGGGUCCCUGCUGUACCUGGUCCACCCCAACACCACCACCUUCACUCACCUGCACCUCGUCCCUGACUACGUUCACCAGGCAGUGCCUCUCUUCGUGUUCUUCAUCUCCUUGGAGGUGGCAGUUCGAUACCUAUUGGGCAAACCUGCCAGGAUGAACCAGAUAUUUUCCUCUAUAGGUGUUGGCAUCCUCCACGAGGCUACAGGGUUCAUGGCGUCGUGGAUAGCGCUGAUAGGCUACCAGUGGCUCUACCAGUACCGCCUCCUCGACCUGCCUUGGGCCUCUCCCUACACCUGGUUCGGCGCCCUCGUCUUCGUCGACUUCUGCUACUACUGGAUCCACAGAGCAAACCAUGAGCUGAACAUCUUGUGGGCUGUACACCAGGUCCAUCACUCCUCCGAGGACUACAACUUGGCCACAGCUGUCCGCCUCUCAGUACUCCAGCGCGCCGCCCACUUCGGCUUCUACCAGCCUCUGGCGCUCCUAGGCUUCCCUCUCCCUACCGUCGUUGUCCACGUCGCUUUUAACUACCUCUUCCAGUUCUGGGUGCACUUGGAGUACGUUGGCAGCCUCGGGCCCAUUGGCUGGGUCUUCAUGACUCCCUCUUACCAUCGCGUGCAUCAUGGAGCCAACAAGUGGUGUCUGGAUAAGAACUACGCCAGUGUGUUCAUCAUAUGGGACCGCAUCUUUGGCACCUUUGAGAGCGAGAGGGACAACGAAGAGAUCGUCUACGGACUAACGCAGCAGCCACAGACCCACAACGUUCUCUGGCAUGAGUUCUACUACUUCGUAGAGAUUUACCACAAGGCGAGAAGCAUGACGAGCUGGGGAGACUUCCUGAGGGCCCUGUUCUACGGGCCCGGGUGGGCGCCUGGCACGCCACGCCUGGGGGACCCCGACACCUUUACUGAUGUGCGGGCUCCCAGGGCCAAGUACGACCCCCAGCUGCCCCUCUGGCAGUUUGUGUACGUCACUACUCACAUGAUUUUGGCGUUCCUCCUUCAGCAACUCAUGAUCAUGAACUACAAGACCUGCUCCUGGGAGAUGAUCCUCACUUGCUUGAUCUUCAUAUAUGCGACUGUGGGCGUGACGUCAGCUAUGUAUGAUGGGUGGUUGUGGGCGCCGGUGGCAGAGGCUGCCCGCUGUGCUGCCGUCAUAGCCUACUCCUCCACCUCGCCCAUCACCGCCCUCCCUAACAUCGACACUGCUCUCUUCGUCUGCUUUGCUGCUUCCUUCUUAUUCUGGACCUCAACAGGACUUAGUGAUAUAUCCAGGAACAAAACCAACAAGGCAAAGUGAGGUCAUUGGUGCUGGAUCACUCGUGGUCUUCAGCAAUGGGAGCUGAGAAGAUAUGGCAUUACCAUUUUAUAAUUGUAUCAUUUUAUUAUUUACUAAUUGACCUACUCCAAAGUGAAGAUUCAUGCAGUAGGUUGCAUAAUAGCCUCAUAAACACAGACACACUAUAUUAAAUAUCCAACACCAUAUUAAAAUUCAGGCACACAUUAUAUUAAAAAGAUCCAUUGCCAUAUAAAACACAUAGACAGUUGAGCAUAUUUUAGUUUUCUAGGCGAAUGAUUAUUUCCGCCAAUUCUAACUCCUGGUAUUGCUAAGAAGAGUCAAGUUAUCCUUGGCAUGGGACGUGGUUCCUUGUCCCAUCCCACAGGGGCGAUAUCAGGGAGAAGGUUGUGCUGUUGCUUCAUCUGCCAGUGAUUUUUAAAAGCGUUGGCAUGUGUCUGAUGUUCUUCAAAGAUUCCGAGAGAAGCCAAGGAUGAAGGAUUCGAACAAAAUUUGGUGCCCGCUGCCGUUGAUCUACGGUAUCAAGUAUGAGCCAAGGAUAUUUGCGCCCUCCGUUAACUGUCUGUAACAGACCUCUAAUGUUACUACAGAGUGUAUGACAUUUGCAGUGAGUCAGACACCCAUUAACAAUAUUCAGGGAAGGAGAGUGUGGAGUCUAGAGUUUCCUACAACAAACUCUAUGGAUAAAUAUUUUCCUUGCUCUAAUAUUUACCAUGACCAACCAACAUGGACAUAUGUAAUAGAACCUAUAAUCACCACACCAGAAAUAAAUAUAUCUUUGAUAUCCCCAGAGUAAAUCUUAAUCUGUGUAAACACUCUGUGCAAAUAAAGGGACCUAGUCUAUGGAACUCACACCCUAACGAAUUGAAAUGCUGUCCAACGUUUGCCUUAUUCAAAAAUAGAACCAAAAAGUACCUAAUUUCAUCUCCAUAGUUUCCUACUUAGUUCUUUAAACUCGCACUGUAUCCAGUGCUACCCACUCCGCCCCCAUAAAUGUACCUAAGCCAUACAACUUCACCAUUGUAAUCAUUGCUAUCAUCUUAAUCAUGGUUGUUAAAUUUAAUGCAUAUUUUACGGCAUUAUACCUUGAAAUAAUCCUCAAAUUAUGCUAAAACACACCUGUUGAUAACUCUCAAAUUUUAUUUUAUUUAAAUGUACCUACUAAUCUUUGACAAAUUUUCUUACAAUGUACCUGUAAAUUUUUUUUCAAUUUUGCUAGAAUUUACCGAAGUUACCUAAAGUUUGCUAGAAUUUAC